AAUAAAAUGGCUGCCUGAAUGACACACAGCGCUGUGCCCUGGAGACGUUCGAUAGAGUACUAAUGCGCGUUGGCAGGGCUUACUCUAGUGUUUGUCGCUCUGUGAGUCAGCCUGGAUUGUUAUUGUGUCGGUCAGUGGAUCGGGCCGCGGCAACAAAGACAGCAGGUGCGGCAGGAGCGAGCUCGGCACCCGGACAAAGAGAACCACGAGACUGGGAGCGCGAAUCAAUGGGGGCCUAACGACUCCAAACUUGUUGGUGGAUGACAAACAUUGAGUAAGCCACCUCAAUGGAUGCAGAUAAUGAUGUGGCACUGGAUAUUUUAAUCACUAAUGUGGUAUGUGUAUUCCGGACAAGAUGCCACUUGAAUUUAAGGAAGAUUGCUUUGGAGGGAACAAACGUUAUUUACAAGCGUGAAGUUGGAAAGGUGUUGAUGAAACUUAGAAAGCCCAGAAUUACUGCAACAAUUUGGUCUUCAGGAAAAAUAAUUUGCACAGGAGCUACCAGUGAAGAAGAGGCGAAGUUUGGUGCUAGACGUUUGGCACGUUGUCUACAAAAGCUUGGUUUCCAUGUAAAAUUCACAGAGUAUAAAGUGGUAAAUGUCCUUGCAGUCUGUACCAUGCCAUUUGAAAUAAGACUUCCAGAAUUUACAAAGAAGAAUCGCCCUCAUGCUAGUUAUGAGCCUGAACUUCACCCUGCAGUUUGCUAUAGAAUAAAGACUCUGAGAUCAACUUUACAGAUCUUCUCGACCGGAAGUAUUACAGUAACAGGCCCUGAUGUGAAAUCUGUUGCCACUGCCGUGGAGCAAAUUUAUCCUUAUGUGUUUGAAAGCAGGAAGGAGCUUUGUAAAUAACCACUUAAGCAUUUGGUUUUUAAGGCCGGCACCUUUUUAGAAGAAAACGAAAAAAAGCGGAAGAAUGAAACAGUGAUGCAACUUGAACAAACAUGAGUAGGACCAAUCAAUGGACAGCACUUUUUACCCGUCAAAUGUUCGUCUUCAGAAAUUCUGGAUUUCAUUUGAAACAUUCGUGUUAUCAACUAAGGACGGUUUACAAGACUUGGACCUGCUGCUUUUUAACAGACGUGCUAUUUAUUUGUAAAGUAAUUCUUAUGUACUCAUACGGAGAGCUGUAAUAAUGUGCACUAAUGCAAAUCCUCUGUUUGAGCUUGUGGUUUAUUUAUGAAUCAUCUUAACUUUUUUCUUUUUUUUUUUUUUAUAAAUACGGGCACCAAAGAAGCUGUACAAGUUUUCAUUCACUCAUUGAAUGUGUUUUUAUAAGUAUUUUUGUUGUCCUAGCACACAUUUUGUUUUCU